CAAGAAAUGGAGAUGAAGGAGCUUGAGUUUGUUCCGUCCCUAGAAGAGACGGCGAUGAAGAUCAAGCAAAUUAAAAUCCUUGCCAAGGAAUUCUUCGGUGCACCGAAAUGCAGCACUGAAGGAGGCGACCUGAGUAUCCUAGAGAGGUGGUUCACGGAGCUGGGCGUCGGGUGGGUUCUCCACGUCGCUGAUGGUGCACCUGCAGGGGAAUUCGCGCAUGCUCUUGAUGCAUCCAGCUGGAUCCCCGCUCUCAGCAAAAUCGUAGAUACCUACCGUCUCACGUCGGGGCUCCUUCCCGGCCACGGCCCCGCGGAGGAAGAAGAGCCUGCUAGGGAGAGUGGGGAACAAAAUAUGGCGGAACAAUUGCAGUUUGCAAGAUUUUUCCAACAAGCCAUGUUGAAGAUGCUCAGUUUUGUUGACUUCAUUGUUGCUCCAAAUCUUACUCGUCAAGUAGUUUUUGUUGCCGAUGGGGUGCCGGUGCCGGUGCCGGCACCAUGCGAGAAGCUCUACACCCUGCUACGUGUACGUCAGACUCUGUCUAAGAUCCAGUUGCCAUUCUAUUCAUCAUCCUCUGCAGAAGUUGAAAGGAUACAGGGCGAGAUAGUCAACGUCCUAUCAGCAAAGGAGGGCAAGGUGGGCGAGGCCAUAUGGAGCGCAAUGGAGGAGAUUAGAACUCAGAUCCUGGAAUCACUGGAGGAUGGCCAAGGCUCAUCCGGUACUCAAACCCCACAGGGAUCAUCUGAUAUUGACAAGGCCACCACGUCCGUUAUGAUGUACGUAAUGUUUCUGCAGCGUAAGUACUGGUUAAUGGCACCAAUUGUAUCCGAAGCGGCUAGCGUCGAUAAGUACGUUCCUCGGUUUGGAGCAGUACAACCUUUGAUAAGCCUGGAAUUGGAGAUGGUGUCUUGUCUAGAAGAAAAGCUUGCCAACAAGUCAGAAGCAUUCCCAGAUCAAGGUCUCAGGUAGACCUCGCUGGCAAAGUCGAGGGUUAUAUGAAGAGGUAUAUACAGGUAUCAUGGUCACCGGUGUUGUCAUGCUUGAUCAAUCCUACACCUAGUUGCUUGGGGAAAAACAACUCUCCCCUGCCUAAGUUUGAGUCAGAAUUUCAGAAGAUAUACACUACCCAAAAGUUGUGGAAGGUCCCCCGAUCCUAGUCUGAGGAUUUGGCUGCGCGUAGCUAUCACAGUUGAAGUCAUUCCAUGCUACACGAGGUACCUAGCGGAUUACUACGGAAAUGCUCACCUGACAUUCAGUCCCUCGUACCUAGAAGAGAUAUUGCAAGAGCUAUUCGAAGGCUGAUGAAUUCGCAAACAAAAAACAAACACUAUUUGAAGGUUGAAUGACAGCGCCACACUAGACAAGUCUACGUAUCUAGUUGUGUUUUCUUCUUUGUAGAUUUUGGGAUGGAAUGUUAACAUUAUUGCUUCUCAACUUGUGAGUGAAGCAUCUAAAAAGCUGAAGCGUUAUAAAAACUUCUUGUGGCCACUUGUAUUUUGUUUAUCGUUUCUGAAUAAAUAUGGAAUGGCACAGAGCUGUCUAUAGUGUACAUUCUGCAUUGCAGGUUUGUAUUAGCAAAACAGAGAUAUCUAUAUGCUCUUCUUUCUCUUAA